CUUCUUCCCAUCGGCCUCGGCUUGCGGGCCUUUCAAACAUGGAGGAGCGGGAGCGGGGGGCGAGGUCGGCUCGCGCCGGGAGCCCCGCGCGCCCGCCCAGCCCGCGGCUGGAUGUCAGCUCUGACAGCUUCGACCCGCUGCUGGCCCUGUACGCGCCCCGCUUGCCGCCCAUACCCUACCCAAACGCGCCCUGCUUCAACAACCUGGCCGAGUACGAGAGCUUCCUCAGGACCGGGGUCCGGGGCGGCGGGCGCGGGCGGGCGCGGGGCGCGGCCGCGGGCUCAGGGGUGCCCGCCGCCUCUGCCGGGCCCUCGGCUAGAACCCGUCGCCGCCUGGACGCCCCGGCCCCGGACCCCGAGCGCAUCCAGCGCCUCCGUCGCCUCAUGGUGGCCAAGGAGGAAGGGGACGGGGCCGCCGGGGCACGCCGGCGGGGUCCGGGUCGGAGCAGGAAGGCGCCGCGCAACGUGCUCACGCGAAUGCCCUUGCACGAAGGCAGCCCUCUGGGUGAGCUCCAUCGUUGUAUCCGGGAGGGGGUGAAGGUGAACGUUCACAUUCGCACUUUCAAGGGUCUUCGUGGCGUCUGUACAGGCUUCCUCGUCGCAUUUGACAAGUUCUGGAAUAUGGCACUUACCGAUGUGGAUGAGACCUACCGAAAACCUGUUCUAGGCAAAGCGUAUGAACGGGAUUCUUCAUUGACUCUUACUAGGCUAUUUGAUCGCCUAAAACUUCAGGAUUCCUCCAAAAAGGACGCAGAUUCCAAGUCUGCAGUUGAAGAUUCCACUCUGUCCAGAUACUCCCAGACAUCCACUUGGAAGGUAGCUUCGGUGUGGGGACGAGGAGACACUGACCGGGGCUCACGCAGGCGUUCCCGCUCCGUCCCUUCUUCCCUGCAGGCGUCUGCAAGGGAGGAGUCCAGGUCAGAGAUGUCAGGGAGGACUACACGGACAGAAGGGUCAAGUGCAGGAGGUACCUUUUCCAGGGCUACCACCCUUUCCAGGGGUCAGCCCCGUAAGAAAAAGCGAAAGCCCAAAGUGGAUUACCAGCAGGUAUUCACUCGACACAUAAAUCAGAUUUUCAUUCGAGGCGAGAAUGUCCUGCUGGUUCAUCUUGCACAGUGACCAGCUUGGCAUCUCUUGAGCUUUGGUUCUUAGAAAUAAAAUGCAUGAACCGCUGCUAUGCUGUAUCCUAGUAUCCCAGUGAAACUCUGAGUUGGAAUGAUUCCCUCUGGUCCUGCAUGUGCAGAGCAUAGAGCCAGGCUUGGGCCCUCUGGAAGAUGAGCUCCCUCAAGCGGACACAGGCCUUAGGAAGGUGGGGGUUUGCGUUAAUAUCAAGGCAAAAGCUGUACAGAGGAAAUAUGCAUCCAGUUUGGUGUCAUGGUUGACUUUAGACACUCCAACCAAAUAUCAGAUCUUCCAUUUGAAUUAGGAGUCAUGGUAUGAAUUAAAUUCAUCCCACAGGCACAAUAAGGAUGGGAAUAAAAAAACACCUCAAAAAAUGCUCUCAUUUCUAAAAGCUAGUGCCCUGAGUACUCAUGAAUUUGAUUCUAAGAGUAGUAACAUAAAUUGCCCUGUAGCCCUGCACCCACAACUUGUAACUGACCUUUGAAUUUUGCUCUACACCAUUCUCUCUCUUUAUCAAGAAAUGUAAUUUAUUACCUUUGAAUAUCUGCAAAACUAAGAAAGAAAGCCACUAACUUAUGUAAACUUUGGAUAGUUGGUAUGCUUAGAGCAGCCAACAAUGAAUACUCUGUUGUUAUCCCUCUCCUUAGUAUGUAAAGGGAUAAUAUGGGAAUUCAUCAGUCUUCCCCACUUACCAGAGGUAGCUUCUGAGAAUGGCAUGCCACAUGGGACUAUAAGAUGCUCAUGAGGUGGCUUCUUGGCCUUUUCUCUCAUUUGUGUGGCAUGGUGUAGUGCAUGUACCCACUGUAUUGCCCUUCUGUAUGUAGUGUGAACUGUCCUGUGAGCUUUAUGGCAGGAGAUUGUGACCUACAUAUCUGGCUUCAAAGAGUUCUGCAUGGACUCAGUAAUACAUAUGCAUCACAUGGUUGGGAGCUUCCUUUCUGGGGAGGGCUGGCCCAUGUAGACUAACUUUCAGAAUGGUUUUUCCACGAAGUAGGAGUGAUAGUUUUAUUUCCUCAAGUCACGCCAACGAGGUUCUCACAAAGUACAGUGGGUGGCAUCUAUAAGGAACACUUUACUUACUGCCUGGCUUGAGUAAUGGGAGCACUGUAGUACUCUCUAAUACUUCUACUUGAAUCAUAUUAUAUGCUUUUUCAAUCACCAGUACAGAAUAGGCUACAUCUUGACGCAGACUGUUAGGCAAUAUUGAUUUUUUGUUUUGUUAGUUUAUAUUUGGUUUUAUUUUAUAUAACUUACAUUCAAAGUGAGAAUAAGAAGUAGCUAACUAGUUAAAAUGCUUGAAAAAAAAAUUCCCUGCUGCAUUUUUUGUGUAACUUAGAUAAGCCUUCUGAGAAGCAGGGUGAAUAAUGUUUAGGGAGUUAGGGCACCUGGUCCUUCUGCUAGCUGGGCCACUGGGCCAAUGAAAGGAGAGCAGAUUUAACUCCUCUGUGCCUCAGUUUUUCCCAUCAGACACCUACCUCACCGGGGCACUGAGACAGAGAAUUUUAGGAAGGCAUUUUAAAGUCUCUAAACAUGUUUAAGUGCCAUGAGUAAUUUUUACUAACUAUAUUUCAUAGCUCGAUAAGAGUUCUAUGUCUUAUGAGCAAGGUAGGUGCUACAUAAGAAAGUCAUCUCUGUGGCUGUUGUAAUUUUGAACUUGUCAUCAGAAGGCAGUGAUAUCUUCAGGAACUAUUUUCCAUAUUCCAUUCCUUCCUCCUAAAGGACAAUGGAAAUUCUCAGAAGAAUAUCCUCAGUAAAAGAAGAGUAACGUUUCUUUGCUGCUUCCCCCACAAAUGCCAGCCCCAAUCCUUUUCUGAUCAUCAGAAAAAAUUCCCCUGAACUUUUCAAGAGGUUUAUGUGAUAGUACCAAAGGGAGAUGCACAUCUAAAAAUGACACAUCCCCAAAGGGGAAUCUGUGGAAGAUGCUUCGUUUCGUUUACUUGUUUUUAUUUUAAGAUGCAUUUUAAAUAUACUCUUUAGAGCCAGAUCAGAUGCAGUAAGCAUUUAGAGAGGUUCCAUGUUAUAAAGUCAAGCAAUUGUCUUUGGAAUCUGCUAAUCUAAAUUAUCUUCUAAAUAGUAUGUCUAAUAAAAUCUCAGUUCCCCAAUUAAUAGUUAUCUUGUUUAAUCAUCAGACACCCCUGCCUCUGCAUCUUUACCAGUCUCUCCUGUUAGAUGUCCUCAUCUGUCUACCCUUCUGUCCUCAGCUAGAAGCUGCAAUAGAUACCAGGUUUUCCCAGUAAAGUAAAAGUUUGGUAUCAAAAGGAAUAUAUCACUUUGCAUUCAUUCUAGUGCCUGACUAAAUCUAACGUGAUUUGUUUUAAACACAUGCUGAGUUUUCAUGUUUGUAUAUAAUUUUCAUAUAUCCAGAUAAGGAUUGGUUUACUGCUUUUCUGUCCAAUAUAAUAAUUCUGGCUCUGAAAAUAAUCUUAAAUCCAUGUGAUCAGUCUAAUGUGCCCAUUGGCCCCCAUUUAUCGGUUCAGUUUUGGACAGUGAUUCACAUUUAGUAAAUGUGCUGUAUUGUAUAAAGCAUGCCAGUGUUUUAUAGGGAAGUCAUUUUUUUUUAAUUACUGCCUUUUCUUUAUUAUUGUAGAAAUAUUUCAAAAGGAAAAAAAAAUUGGUCCUAAGAAUGUGUGUGCUGCUCAAAAUAUGUCAUCAUCUAGGACAUUAUAAUAAGUUGCUAUGAAAAUAACUGAAGUCUUCCUCAGGACAAAGAAAGAAAAAGAGAAAGUAACAGCCAGAAUGGUAGAGUUCUGGAGGCCCCCAUGAGCUUACCUGAGGGGUCCCUAUGUUGCAGAAAUGCAGCAAAAUCUGGUUUCUAGUAUUCUCCAGGGAUUUGGGCUUAGGACAGUUGGUAGGAAUAGUACUUAUUUUUGAACAUCCAACUUAUGUUCUUCAAAGUAAUCUCUAGACAUGGGAAUCCGUUCCGAAGACAGUUCAUGGGACACACCUCUUCUCCAGAGCACCAGAUUUGUUAGAUAACAAGGCAUCAAGCAAUGGAACAUGGGUUUCACACCCAGAACGAUUUCAUGUGCUGUUCUUCAUACAUAGAGGUGAUUCUGUGAUUCUACAACCAGGAGAAUGUGCAUUUUAGGUUGUUGGUGCUAGUACUUGGGAAGCGUUUAUGCUUCAUUUCAGAGACUAUCUUAUGAUGGUGGGUCAUUUGUGUGAUGGUUAGCCAGUGUUAGCAGUGUCUAAGACAGAUGGCUUUAGACCAUUUGGUACCUUGCUGUCUGUGCAUGGUGCAUAUCAAGUUAGAAAGCCUAGAAACCAUUAGCAUUAAAGUCUAGGUGCAUCAGAAUCCUUGGUUUGAGCUGUUACUGGAUCAGAAGGGACUUGUUUAUCCUUGUGGUAAAAAGUCCAGGAGUACCUUAAGAGGUUGUGAAGACAUGAACUAUGGGCUCUCUUUACUCCUCAGAAGCCUCACAGAAAUCUAGUUAUACCACUUUACCCCUUGAGAGAAAAACAGAAACCUAACUUGAUGCAGAGGAGUUUUUUGGAUUUCUUUUUGCACUAUCCUCAUAGCUGCUGACAUGGGCAAAAUCAUGAAAUAGAAUUGAUUCUGUAAAUUUUCUCUAAUUUUUGCCUUUAGGAAUAAUUAAAAUUAUUCAAAGACAGCUGUCUGUCACUGGUGCUGCCCCAAAACUUUCCCAUCUUUUAUGUAUUUUUUAUGAAUGAAAUAGUCGCUGUGGGAAGUCCAAGGUUCACGUAAGAGUAUCAUGGCAUAAAUAUAAUGGUUUAGCAACUGUUUUGAUUUUUUUUUUCCUGUGCCAGAUAUAGAAUACAGUCAAUCCCUUUCCAGUAGCUUCUGUUCAUCAGCCUAUGUUUUCCUGGGCAGUAACUCCCAGAAGGCUUUUCUUAGUGAUUAUAAAGGAAGAAAAUCUUAUCUGGGCUUAUGUUGCAAAGGUGGGUGGUCUGUCACUACUUUCUGGCAAAUUGAGUUGAUGGAUUUUAUAUAAGCCUUUGGGAUGCCUGUCACAGUUUCCUGGGCUCUGAGGAAGGGUUGCGCCUUUUUUACUUUCAGUGUUUUGAGUAUUUUUCAAAUGUUUGUAAGUUCUCUUGUGCCCCUCUAAUAAAAAUGAAAGCUAUCUGUCAAGGAAUGGCUUUGCAUGGUUCAGAGAUCUAGGGGAAAAGAAAUAAGUACACCUGAGACCUUCAGUUGGUCUUUUAUUUAUUUAGAAUAAAAAGUAGUUUGAUAAGCUACCAGAGUUAGUGUUGCUUUAAAAACACUCUCUGAAAAGAUGGCAACUGUCCCUCAGGAAAGCUAUAAAAGCUAUUCCCAAUACAUUGCAAUUGCUUUUGAUUUUUACUCCUUUGGAGCAAAUGUCUGAUGUUAUAUCUGAUGUUAUGUUUUUAGAGCUGUGGGGGAAAAAUGUCUAAACAAUUUUAGGGUGUAUUAUUUAAAUGAUUAUCUGGCUAAUUAUGUGUGAGCUAGGUUCUAGGGCAGCUGUCCAGUUCUUUUUCUGUUGUCCUGACACUAACACAGAUAGCAAGCGAUGUCUUGAAAAGUGAUCUGCUUAUUUCAUACUGACAUCUAAAGACAUUAGCCUUCUGUUUGGCAACCCUGGGGAUACCCCUCUGCACCGUGACUUAUUAAUGGUUUUUUAGGCAAGGCUAAACCUGGUGACCCUCUGUAUUUAUAGUUUCACUAUUCAUAUAUAAGCUGCUAAAAGAAAAACCAUAACUUCUCAUCUUGUCUUGAAAUUACUCUUAAUUGUGAAGUUCACCUAAAUUCUUCAUGUUUAUGGAGGAUUGCUGCUAGUAACGUCAGUUUGCAGUGUUCUGCUGUAGGUAUGUGUCACAUGGGAGUCUGGAAACUGUAAUAAAUAUGAUUGUGUUAAUGUA